AUGUUCUCUGGAGAUAGUAUGAUGUUAAGACUGAAAGUGUGUAUUUGCGUUGUGUUUGUGGUUAUUACGGAAGGAUUUGCAUCAAAGUUAAAUUGUGAAGUUUGUAUUAACGUUAUUGAGAAAUUUAGUAAAAAAUUGGAUUCUGAUGCAAGGACAAAUCCACAAAAGAUUGAAAAUGAGUUCAAGAAAUUCUGUUUAAAUUCCAAAGGUAAAGAAAACAGCUUCUGCUAUUAUUUGGGAGGUCUGGACACCUCCGCAACGGGAAUACUUGGGGAACUCUCAAAACCAUUGUCGUGGUCUAUGCCUGCUGAAAAAAUUUGCGAAAGGUUGAAGAAAAAAGAUAACCAGAUAUGUGAUUUACGUUAUGACAAAAUUAUAGAUUUAAACAAAGUUGAUACUAGAAAAUUGCCGGUGAAAGAUUUGAAGAAAAUUCUGAAUGACUGGGAUGAAACCUGCCAUGCCUGCAUUGAGAAAUCGGAUUAUGUAAGAAGAAUAGAGGAACUUAAACCUCUUUACUUGAAUAAAGAGCUUUAA